GGGUUGUGACGUUGAUUCCGUAUGACGAGUGGAAGGAGAUGAAUGAUAUCCACGAGAGCUACGAGGAUGAGGUCGUGUGGGGCGUAGCCUACCACAUCCAACCCGAAAAAGUAGAAGAAGUCAAAGAACAACUCGGUAUCCGCGAACAAAACGGGUACUCUGUCCACUAUCUCCCAAUCUACGAACACCCCUCCUCAACCUCCCCAAUCGUCCCCCGCGCAACGACCUACAUCGGCAUGACCUCCAACGAAGCCUUCGUUGGUCCUCCUCCCCGUAACGACCAAGACGAAUUGGCGAGAAGGAUAUUGAAGAGUAAGGGGCCGAGUGGACGGAAUAGGGAGUAUUUGUACAAUAUGGCGAAGGCGUUGAGGGAGUUGAGUCCCGAGACACGGGAUCCGCAUAUUUUUGAUUUGGAAAAGAGGGCGAUGAGAUUAGAGAAGGAAGAAGGGUUGGGGCUGUCGACGAAGGAGAAGAGGGAGAUGAAGGAGGAUACGGAGGAGGAGAUGGAAAAUCUGCCGCCUCUGAAGAACUAG